GAAGGCUCAUAGGUAGGGGACUUACUGUACUUUGAAAUUGAGGGUAGGUAAUUUCCUCCUAGAUAAUCUCUUCAAGUAUUGAAAGGAACACUUGAACAGCUUUGUGCCCUGUAACUCACAGGUGUUAUGAACAUUUGAUUAGUGCUUUGAGCCCAGGGAACCACACUUUGCCGGAAAACAAAAAAUUUACCAUCCUAAGCUUUAGUUCCAGAACAAAUACUUGGUCUUAACUGACUUCAGAUUAGGUUAGUAGGCAUCUGACUUAGAAGCUUAUCUCUUCCAUCAUACUCCAAGGUUUUUCCAUUCCAUCAAUCACUUUUCCAGUCUCUUGCUGUCAAGAGCAUAGGCGUAUCAUGUUUUACCUGUUGUAUAAUUUGCCUUUUUAUCUUCAGAAUUGUCAGUACUAUCCAAGGAGGUCAUCUGUGUGCAAAUGAAGCAAUUCUUAUUCUCUCAUCAUUUUCAAUUAUGAAUACCUCUUCUUUUAUCUCCAUCACAAUUCCACUCUUUUUUCAGGAACUGUCAACUCCUACUGCUUUUGCACUUAUCAGAUACUACAUGAUCAUUAGUAUUCAUGUAACACCUCAGAUUAAGCAGUACCAGGGCCAACAUCUUUAGUAAUAGAAAUGACCCCAGAGCCUGCUGACUCCCAUAGCUUUGGUGGGCAAAGUUGACUUGCUUUUGCUCUGAUGGGUGUCUUUUAAAAAAGGUAUGUUAGUACAUUAAAAAUUAUUAGUUUUUUAUUUCCUACACUGGAUGCACGACACCUUUUAGGAGACUUCCUUUCUCCACUCAAGCAGAAAGAUGGUAUGAGGUUUACCACCUUCCCUGGAUUAGGUGAGUAAUAUUCCAUGCCUUAUUGGCUUUAGGGAGAAAGAAUCUUGCCAAUGAGUUACUUCCAAUGUGUCACUAUUUUUUAGUGCUUUAAUUUAUUCAACAAUUUGAGCGCCAUAUUUAUACGCGGAGGCUUCACUGAUCAGAUACUGGAACCAUCAUAUAAGCAGUAUCACUUUGGACGUGUUUCCAAAGUUCUCGGGGCCUCGAUUCCUUCGCAAGCUAGUGUGGGGAGUCAGUGGGAAAACAUAAAAGGGUUGGUACGCAACGGUGCUUCCACCAAAGGGAGCUCUUUGCAUUUCUCCGAGGGGCUUAACCAGGAUGAGCAAAUGAAGCGGGCUCUCGGAUGAUGUUCAGUCAGCCCCCGACAUUCCAGGGACACGAAGUCAAAGGUGAGAAAUCCUACUUGCAACCGCCCUACAGGUCACAGGCGGACCGGAGAAAUUCCGUGGGCGGUGCGAGUCGCAAGACAAAGCUCCUCUCGGUUAACCACAGGCUGGAGCUCCCCACUUCUCCACCCCCAUCCCUGCUCUCGCUCCACGCCCACCCACAGCCCGCCCGCGUCACAACGUCAUCGCCUGGCUGCCGGGUGCAAGGACGCACCGCCCACGGAGGGGGAGCCGGAAGCCGCGAGGGCAGCCGCGCGCGGCGUCCCGGAACCGCGGGAGCCUGAGAGCUCGCGCACCUGGGGAAAAGCGGCAGGAGACAGCGGGCAUGCGCGAGGCUGCCGGGCGGCGCAGGCGCGCUGCUGGCCUCACUCGAGGGACCAGAUCCGGUUCUCCGGGUUGGAGCGGGGGUGGUGUCGUGGGUUGUCCUGGCUGCCGGGGAGAAGGGGGAGAAAAAGGUGAUGCGGAAGGAGCCAGACUCUUAAGAAGGGCGGAUUUGCUUCUGGGAUGGAGAGGGCCCGGGUGGACGGAUCCUAGUGUGCGUCUGUGCUGGGCGCCCCACAGAGUUAGGGAUUUGUCGGAAGAUGAAAUCAAUCCACCGUGCAAAGUGCGAUGCAAUUUUCCUAAGCCAGGAACACGCUUAGAAUACACGCCCAGAGCCUGGGGCCAGUUCUCCCCUGGGAUGACUACGUAUCUGUGUGCCGGACACCGCGCAAUGGCUGACCUGUUAUUUCAGUCUCCCGCCGCCACCAACAACCCUGUGAGGCGGGUUUAUUACGUGGUCCCCAGUUUCCCCUUUGGAAACCUAGGACAGAUUAUCUUGUCUACAGGUCGCGCAGCUGAAAUAUCGUGGAGUUGCUCUUUCCACCAGAUUUCUGCUCGAUGCACAGUGAUAACUGUUCCUCUGUUCAGCAAGAAGAUGCAUUCUGGCCACUCGUUUAACAGCCGGAAACUUUGGUACCCGUGACAAAGAUGAUACGAGAUGGAGGAUGUCUUGCCGAACCCUGGCUUGCCUGAGAGAGGUCUCUUUAGUGCUUGCAGGUUCUUCUACUUCUGUAACUCCUUUGUGGCUCCAGUAGUGAGAAGAAUAAACAAUCAUAAGCCCCAAUCCAGUACCAUCUCAGUGCCAACGUCUAUCUUUAAAAGAAAGAAAAAAAGCCCAUAUCAUCUUUGUUUAAAGAAGCUUGGACCCAGUGAUUUGUUAAUUUGUUCGUGGUUUCAUACUGCUAUUGAAACAGCAGUAACAGCUUGCUCUGCCCAAUUUAACAACUGAUUAACUAUUACCUUGUAUUAGCCUCUAAUUGUUUAAUGGGUGUAAAUUUUAUCUGCUAAGCAAGAUUGUAAGAUGCCCCAGGCAGGGACGGUGUUCUCUGGCUUAUAUCUCUGAACUGACUUGACUUUUGCAAGUGUCCCUCUUAUACCCCCUUGAAUCCCCACUACUAAGUACUCUGCCUGGCACAUGCUAGGCACUCAGUUAAUGUUGAUGAAAUGUUGCCUUCUGGAGAGCAGAAAACAAGCCUGCUAUUUCUUUAUAUUUUUCUGGCCCUCUAGCACAAUUAUCUCCUUUUGGAGGACAUUCAGCAAAUAUGUGACUUGAUUGCUGUGCCUUUCAGCAGGGGAAAUAUAAUCUCCCUGAUGCCUUAUAAAGAAUUGCCACCUAAACACCGUGUCCCCAAGAAGUCUGUCAAGAAAUCAUUGUUGAUAGAUUGAUUAGCCUCAAAGAAAUUCUUA